ACAAAACAUCUAAACAAAUAGCAAGCAAAGUCAAAUAAGUUUCCUAGAUAGGAAUCCUCAGUUUUCAAUCAUUAUCUUCUAAUUCAAGGUUCCUUCUUUACAGUUGUAAAUUUCAUUUUGCAUAAUUGAAAACCCAAAAUUAUGAUGCAAAAUGUCCUUAUGCCUCUCUUCAUAGCAUGUUUUACAACAACCACACUAAACCACUUCGCUACGCAAAACCCUAGAAUAGGUGGAGCCGCACCAGAACAUGAUGCUACUGUUUCAGAGCUAUUAACAUCCUAAUUUUAUUACAGUCCUUCAUUUCCAAAAUAUUAUCCUCCACUGCACCGAAAGAAUAUAUAAAAAAUGUCUGUGAGCUCAUGCAGACAUGAGUUCGAUUCUUACGUAUGAAUCCAAAGAACUUGGGUACCUUUGCAUUGCGUCCAAGUUGAGACACCUCAAAGUAGAAUGAGUACCCAAUUCAUCACUCUACGUCCCCCACCAAUUCCCAACAUCACAAACCCAAACACCAGAAAAAUACCAACACCAGCCCCUCUUUACCAAAAAAUUUUCAUCCCUUCCCAUGUCUACAGACACCCUUCCGCCGUACUCUUAGAACUCUGCACUUCCCUCAAAGAGCUUCACCAAAUCCUCCCCCUUGUCAUCAAAAUCGGUUUCUACGACGAACAUUUUUUCCAGACCAAGCUCAUCAGUUUGUUCUGCAAGUUCAGCAGCAUCACUGAAGCUGCACGUGUCUUCGAGACUGUGGAACACAAGCUCGACGUGCUUUACCACACCAUGCUCAAAGGGUACACGAAAAACUCAGCUUUACGUGAUGCCCUGAAGUUUUAUGGUAGGAUGAGGUAUGAUGAGGUGAGUCCAGUGGUGUAUGACUUCACCUACUUGUUGCAGCUGUGCGGUGACAGUUUGGAUCUCAGGAGGGGGAGGGAGGUUCACGGGAUGGUCAUAACUAAUGGGUUUCAGUCAAAUUUGUUUGCCAUGACUGCUGUGGUGAAUUUAUAUGCCAAGUGCAGGCAGGUCGAGGAUGCGUACAAGAUGUUUGAGAGAAUGCCGCAGCGGGACUUGGUUUCGUGGAACACGGUGGUGGCGGGGUUCGCACAGAAUGGCCUUGCCAGGAGGGCUGUGCAGCUGGUUUUGCAGAUGCAGGAGGCUGGCCAGAAGCCAGAUUCCAUCACGUUGGUCACUGUUUUGCCAGCCCUGGCGGAUGUCAAGGCUUUGAAGAUUGGAAAGUCUGUCCAUGGUUAUGCUUUCAGAGCUGGCUUUGAGUCUAUGGUUAAUGUUGGGACAGCGAUGCUGGACAUGUACUUCAAAUGUGGGUCUGUGAAGAAUGCAAGGUUGGUGUUUAAGGGGAUGAGUGGCAGGAAUGUUGUUUCGUGGAAUACGAUGAUUAAUGGCUAUGAGCAGAAUGGGGAAUCUGAAGAAGCGUUUUCGACGUUUUUGAAGAUGUUGGAUGAGGGGGUGGAACCGACUAACGUUAGUAUGAUGGGGGCUUUGCAUGCUUGUGCUAAUUUGGGUGAUCUAGAACGAGGGAGAUUUGUUCAUAGAUUGUUGGAGGAAAAGAAACUUGGUUCUGACGUGUCAGUUAUGAAUUCUUUGAUAUCCAUGUAUUCAAAGUGUAAGAGGAUUGAUAUUGCAGCAUCACUGUUUGGUAAUCUGAAACAGAAAACAGUCGUUACAUGGAAUGCCAUGAUAUUAGGUUAUGCACAAAAUGGAUACAUAAAUGAAGCUUUAAAUCUAUUCUGUGAGAUGCAAUCUCAUGACAUCAAACCCGAUUCCUUUACAUUGGUGAGUGUAAUUACUGCUCUUGCAGAUUUAUCAGUUACCCGGCAGGCUAAGUGGAUUCAUGGACUUGCUAUAAGAGCUUUGAUGGACAAAAAUGUCUUUGUUUGUACAGCACUUGUGGACACCUAUGCCAAAUGUGGAGCCAUUCAAACUGCAAGAAAUCUUUUUGACACGAUGGAAGAACGACAUGUGAUAACAUGGAAUGCAAUGAUUGAUGGAUAUGGAACACAUGGGCAUGGAAAAGAAGCACUGGAUCUCUUUGAUGAAAUGCAGAAGGGAUCUGUUAAGCCAAAUGAGAUAACGUUUCUCUCUGUUAUAGCAGCUUGUAGUCACUCAGGUUUAGUGGAAGAGGGACUCUAUUACUUUGAAAGCAUGAAGGAAAACUAUGGCUUGAAACCUGCAAUGGAUCACUAUGGUGCGAUGGUUGAUCUCCUUGGUCGUGCUGGAAGGCUAGAUGAUGCUUGGGAAUUCAUCCAGGAUAUGCCUGUCAAACCAGGAAUUACCGUUUUAGGUGCAAUGCUAGGUGCAUGCAAAAUCCAUAAAAAUGUAGAAUUGGGUGAGAAAGUUGCAGAUGAACUAUUUGAGUUAGACCCAGAUGAGGGAGGGUAUCAUGUGUUGCUUUCCAACAUGUAUGCAUCGGCUUCAAUGUGGGAAAAGGUUGCUAAGGUAAGGACAGCCAUGGAGAAGAAACGGAUCCAGAAAACUCCUGGCUGCAGUUUGGUUGAGUUGAGAAAUGAAGUUCAUACAUUCUACUCAGGAAGUACUAAUCAUCCUCAAUCCAAAAGAAUUUAUGCAUACCUUGACACUCUUGGAGAUGAGAUCAAGGCUGCUGGGUAUGUGCCCGACACUGAUUCAAUUCAUGAUGUAGAAGAAGAUGUGAAGGAACAAUUGGUCAGUAGCCAUAGUGAGAGGCUUGCCAUUGCAUUUGGACUUCUGAAUACAAGCCGUGGCACAACAAUACAGAUUAGGAAGAAUCUAAGAGUUUGUGGUGAUUGCCAUGAAGCCACCAAGUACAUUUCACUUGUGACAGGGAGGGAAAUAAUUGUGCGUGAUUUACGACGGUUCCAUCAUUUCAAGAAUGGAAGCUGUUCUUGUAAGGAUUACUGGUGAAUCAAUAGAAACCUUUGUCGUCAUCAAUUGCUGUGUUAAUUUUUUAGCAUGAACUGCAAUUUGAUUUCAUGCAGCUUUGCAACAUUAUUCCUCUGUUCCCUCUUAAUGGAAUAAAUUGUUGUAUUCCUACGUACGAUACUCAUUAAUAUCUUACCAAUAAAUUAGUGUUC